GAAACUCCAUGUCGGUCAAAUUUGGCAACACUAUUCCGUAUCGCAGCCUUUAUCCUUUUUGGCACCACCGGGCUGCUGUACUCAGACAAUCGCUGGUAGCAAACCAACGUUAGUUUCCUGUUCGCAAUGGCAUCAUCUGCAAUGAUCACCGUCCCCACCACCGCCUCCCGCUUCGCCUUGCUUCAGAUAGACUCGGAUUCGGAUUCCGACACCUCCGAACCGGGGAAGACCACCACUAAAAGCGGACGGGACUCCUCUGGGAAGCCCCGACAAGGAAAGGCAGGAGCAGCCGGGGGGAAAGCGGCUCAGGGAAACGACAAGAAGAAAGAUAAGAAAAAGAAGAAGAAGGAGCAGCAGCAGAGUGAGGCUAAUGAGUUACGUAAUCUGGCCUUCAAGAAGAUUCCUCAGAAGUCCUGUGCCCCACCUCCAUGUAUGACACUGUCAGGAAUAGCCAGUGAACUUCUCACUCCUGCGUCAGGGGACCACAGUAUACCUUCAGAGGGGUGGCAGCAGUGGAAGCAGAGGGAUGAGCAGAUAACCACUGAACUAUAUGAGGCAGACUUGGAGAAGGCCUUGAUUCUAAGUAAACUGGAGUACGAACAACACAAACAGCAGAUCAACACAAACACAACCUCGCCAAAGUCACGAGGAGGAAAAGAGGGCGGAGGGAAGAAGGACAAAAAGAAGAAUCAGCAGGCAAAAGACAAAAAGACGGUUUCACUGCAGGACUUCCAGGCUGAAGGCAGUGUAGAACAUUCAAGUAAGAAACAAGAGAAAGAGGACGCCAGAGCAGCUAACCUGGCACUAGGAAUCGGGCAGGAGGAGCGUUUUUUUAAUAAACUGGAAGAUGACGUCAGUCGGAUUAUCCAACAGGAGAAGAGACGUGAGCAGUACGCUAACAGCCAGGGGCAAGAAGUCAACACGUCCACAGAACAUGAACCAGACCCUCGGGCAGAGCAACUGAAGUACGAACUGGAGAAGAAAGACCAGGAAAUCGAUAAGCUAAAGAAGACAAUCUCACAGUGGGAGGUGAAAUACAAAGAGGUGAAAGCAAGAAAUUCCCAGCUGCUGAAAAUGCUCCAACAGGGAGAGAUGAAAGAUAAAGCAGAAAUCCUUCUACAGGUAGAAGAGCUACUACAUAUAAAAGAAGAACUGUCAUCACAGGUAACAUUACUACAUGCCGCCCUUGAACAAGAAAGAUCUAAAGUCAAAGGUCUGCAGUCAGAACAGCCGAAACAUCAGACCGCAGAAACAGAAGCCAGUAGGUCAGUUGAAGUGAGAAAGGUUACAGUGGAAAUAAAAAAGGGAAGAAAGGCUCGGAGACGGAUCUAUGAAGGUUUCCAAAGGAAAAGACCUAUAUAGAAAAAGAAAUAAUGAAUGAACAAAUGAAGAAAAGCAUUACUGAUCGUAAUCAGGGUUUUCUUUCCUUAAGGUUUUUUUUUUAGCUUGGACUCCAUGUCAGCAUAAAUGCAUGCCUCCCUUAAUUACACACACACAUACACACACAGUAUACACUCCAUGUAUUACACAGCUGAACACGACAAGAAUUAAAGAAACUUCUUAAGUUGA